AUGGCUACCUCCAACAACAGCAAGUGCCCUUGGUUCUACUCGAAGGGAUCUGAGCCAAUCAACCCUGCCUGUCGCCUACAGAUCAUUAAAGCAGUUGAGGAAUAUGAAUAUAUCCAGGAAGGAGACAUCAUGAUCGGAGGGGUGAUGACUACGCAUUUAAAUAUGUUAAAUGUUACAUUUCCGUGGGACAAUUCCACAAGAUUGCUGUGUACUGAUCCAAGUGUACAAAGUACAAAGUUCUUAAUGGAUUUUCGAUUUGCUGUUGAGCAAACUAACAAGGAUCCGGCCCGGUUACCCAACCUGACCCUGGGGUACCAUAUAUAUGAUUCCUGUGGGGACCCCCGGAAGGCAGUGAGGAGCGUAUUACAGAUAUUAUCUGGUACCAGGGAGCCGGUUCCCAAUUACUCCUGUGUGGGAAAGAGACACAUUGCUGGGUUUAUUGGGGAUCUCACCUCAGAGACAACUGUACCCAUAGCCCAGAUACUGACUCUCUAUGGAUAUUCCCAGAUCAGUUAUGGAGCUACAGACCCAGAGCUCAGUGACAGAACCACCUUCCCGUACCUGUUCCGGACAGUACCCAGUGAUGAAUCUAAUUAUUCUGUUAUGAGUAAAUUACUGAGCCAUUUUGGCUGGACCUGGGUUGGAAUAAUUACAUCUGAUGAUAUCAGUGGGGAGAGAGAACAUCAGAUCUUGGCCAAAUAUCUCUCCAGGGAAGGCGUCUGCAUUGAGUUCACAUUUAGAAUAGAUAUGAAGAGUUCCAUUACCUUGCAGGAUAAGGACAAAGAGAUAAUGAGGAAAAGCUCUACCAGUGUUAUUAUACUUUGUGGAACUGUUACUUUAUAUCUAACGAUGACAACAGAUGUUGAUGAAAAGACAUUGAUCCUUUCUCCCAGCUGGGGGUCUAUGGAAUCCAUUCUUUAUUAUAACCCAUAUUUAUUUAAUUGCAGUCUGGCCCUUGUGCCCGGGUACCAUUAUGAUCUGGAUACUCCUGAAAUGAGGGGCUUUUUAGAGAAUUCCCAUCCUUCUAAUUACCCAGAAGACAAGUUACUGGAAGAUAUAUGGAUGAUUCAUUUGAAUUGCUUAUCAGAAGACCAAAAUAAGAAUGAUUUGUAUAAAUAUAUUUACUAUUACAUUUAUACUUUCCAUAACUGCACUGGGCAGGAACGUAUUACAGACCGUGACUAUUUCAGAGGAAAGUACAACUCUCCCCGAGUGCAUCUGGCAGUUGAUAUGAUGUCUCGGGCUCUACAUGAUAUGAACAUGGAGCUCAAUGAGAAAUCUGUAAGGAACAGUCAGAGGGAUAUUUAUAAGCACCAGUUGCGUUUGUAUUUGAAAGAAGUCCAGUACAGAUCCGAACUUGGUCAGACCUUCUCCUUUCAUGAUAAUGGAGAGUUUAUCACUAAGUACUUGAUCCAUAGCAACUUCAUGGAUUCUCGUGUGAAGGUGAUUAAAUACUCCCUUGGUGAGUUCUCCCCUUGGGCCCCGUUGGAUCAGCAGCUAAAUGUAACCCCAACAUCAGUUCCAUGGAAGACAAUGGAUAAUAAAAUCCCGAGAGCUCAAUGCUCAGACAAUUGUUUGCCCGGAUACAGGAAGAUGCCGAUCCCCGGAGCCCAAUCCUGCUGCUAUGGGUGUGCCCCCUGUGCCGAGGGAGAGAUCUCUAAUAAAACCGACAGUGUGAGUUGUACAAGAUGUUCAGAUAUGGAAUGGCCAAAUGAGAAGAAGAAUCAGUGUAUUGGAAGAAAGGAAGAAUUUCUCUCAUACACUAAAGAUCUCAUCUCUGUCUUUAUUUCACUUGUCUCAGUUCUUUUUGGCCUUAAAACUCAGCUGAUAUUGGGAAUUUUUAUUAAAUACCGGGACUCCCCCAUAGUGAGAGCCAACAACCGGAGCCUGAGCUUCCUCCUCCUUGUCUCCAUCAAGCUGAGCUUCCUCAGUGUGUUUCUGUUCCUCGGUCGCCCUGUGGAUAUAACCUGCAUGCUGCGCAUCAUCACUUUUGGAAUCACCUUCUCCAUAGCUGUCUCCUCUCUCCUGGCCAAGACUAUCAUGGUUUGUGUUGCUUUCAAAGCCACCAAGCCAGGGAGCUCAUGGAGAAAAUGGCUGGGAGUCAAACUGUCCAAUUCUGUAGUCUUGUUCUGCUCAUCCAUUCAAAUAAUCAUCUGCAUGACUUGGUUGGCCAUUUCUCCUCCCUUUCAGGAACUGGACAUUCACACUUCCCCUGGAACCAUCAUCAUUCAGUGCAAUGAGGGCUCAGCUAUUGGCUUUUACUCAGUUAUUGGGUAUAUGGGGCUUCUGGCAGCUGUUAGUUUUGUUUUAGCAUUUUUAGCUCGGAGCUUACCGGACAGUUUUAAUGAGGCCAAGUACAUCACUUUCAGCAUGCUGCUCUUCUGCAGUGUUUGGAUCACAAUGAUCCCGGCCUAUCUGAGCACCAAAGGCAAAAACACUGUGUGUGUGGAGAUAUUUGCCAUACUCACCUCAAGCGCGGGGCUUUUAGCCUGUAUAUUUUUGCCCAAAUGUUAUAUUAUUCAGUUUAGGUCUGAAAUGAACACAAAAUGUCAUUUACUUGGAAACCGGCAGUAUCGGUACUGA